GCCCGCCCAACAUGGCGGCGAUAGAAAUGUAAGUCUCUUUGUUACACUUUGUUAUUUGAUGAUUGCGUCAUAACAAGGAUGGACGAGCUGAAAAUUACUGUAAAAUGGAGCGGAAAGGAGUACGAGAUACCCGACAUUCGCGAGAGCGACACCGUCUUGGCCUUGAAGGACCGCAUCCACGGCGAGACGGGAGUCAGACCGGAACGUCAAAAGCUGCUGAACCUCAAAUUUAAAGGUAAGGCAGCCGAGGAUGGGGACACGAUGGAGAAGAUCGGGAUGAAGUCGGGUUUUAAACUUAUGCUUAUGGGAUCGAGGGAAGAAGACAUCGCAGAAGUGAGCCAGGCACCCGAAGACAUGCCUGAUGUCGUGAAUGAUCUUGACAUCGAAGAGGAGGAAGUGGAGAUCGAGAAGGCCGAGGUUUAUUUGUCGAAGAUCGAGAAGAGGAUUCAGCAUUAUACGAUCAAUGAAUUGAAUCCUUUGAGGGAAGGAAAAAAGUUGUUGGUGCUCGACAUCGAUUACACCCUGUUCGAUCACAGAUCGGUCGCAGAGUGUGGAGUGGAAUUGAUGCGACCGUACUUACAUGAAUUCUUGACGCAAGCUUAUAAAGAUUACGACAUUGUCAUUUGGUCCGCAACCAGCAUGAAGUGGAUUAACGAAAAAAUGAAACUGUUAGGGGUUUCCAAUCAUCCGAACUACAAGAUUGCAUUCCACCUUGACUCUCUCGCUAUGAUCUCUGUUCACACACCGAAGUACGGUGUGGUGGAUGUCAAACCUCUAGGCAUUAUCUGGGGAAAGUACAAGCAGUUUUCUGCGAAGAAUACCAUAAUGUUUGACGACAUUAAGAGAAACUUCAUUAUGAACCCACAAUCUGGACUACGAAUAAGACCUUUCAAGCAGGCUCACUUGAACAGGGACAAGGACAGGGAAUUAUUAAAAUUGUCUAAAUACUUGGAACUGAUCGCCAAAGUCGAUGACUUUCAGACCUUGAACCACAAGAAAUGGAAAGAGUACAAAGUCAAGAAGAACAGAAACGAGAGAAGAAACGAAAGUCACGACGAUCGAAGCACAUAGUCAAGCACGUAACUCGGCUUAUUGUUGAACGAACUGCGUGUAUAAAAUUUCCACCUUGGUGUGCAAUAUUCAGCAAUAUGACUUUUCAAUUCUUGACUCUUAGAUGGACUGAGGCGCAGCAUUUGAGAGGUGGAAAAAUGCCAAUUUUAAUAAUACGUUAAUCGAGGAAGUAUUGCCCAAAUAUCGCAACUUGAGUGAUUUACUCCGCAAUUGAAGGACUGUCGAAAAAGCGUAUGUCAAGCAUCCGUUCGUCAUGGCAUGAAGAAUAGUCUAGAAAUUUUUUAUCCAUCAUAACCCUUGUGUUGAUAUUACAAUACUUCGGUUCGGCAAGUAUUUAUUGGUUGAAUUAAUGUACACGAAGAGUAUCUAUUGUAAACCCAUUUUACAAUAGCUUCCAGACAAACUGUACCCACCGGAGUAGUAGGGGCAUGAAGUAUUAACGUAUGCACGACGUGUACUUGCGCGUACUUCCGUACAAUACUCUUUUCGGCGUACUUACAUGUUGUGUAAAAAUGUACAAUAAGCUACCCGACUGUUUAGGAAUAAAAUUUUCAUACCGCAGAGCUUUCCAGUGCCAUCGGGAUCCAGCUUCCCUCGUGCUUGGACGACUCGCUUCUUGUAAGUCAUUGUAAGUUUGAUUUAUUCCUUGAGUAACAUAAUUUGUAUCGAUGGCAAUUCAAAUAUAACAGUAUUUGUUAGCCUUUGCAUUAA